AUGAUCGUGCCCCUCUUCUGUCGCUUUAUAACAACGAUUUUUGGCGUUCUUUAUCCUGCGUACAAAUCGUAUAAGGCUCUCAGGUACAAGGAUGUGAAGGAGUUGGUAUGCGUUUCUGAAAUUUUAUUCGUUCAGGUUCGGCUGACCAUGUACUGGAUUGUGUUUUCCUGUUUCAUUGCCUUCGAAACUGUUGGAGAUAUUUUAAUGGCUUGGUUUCCGCUCUAUUACGAAAUCAAAACUGUGUUUGUCCUCUACCUCGUACUACCAUUCACACAGGGGUCCAGUAUUAUCUACAGAAAGAUCGUCCAUCCUCAACUAAGCAAUAAGGAGAAGGACAUAGACCAAUACAUCGAAAGGGCGGCCGAAUCAAGUUGCAGCGCUCUCAUGAAUUUCGGUGCAAAAGGAUUAACCUAUGUUGCAAAUACUGCCAUUCAUACUGCAAUUAAGAGUCAAGAUCUCAUAAUAAAUCAUUUAAGUCAAAGGAGCCUCAGUCUGGAUGAUAUUCGACCUUUGGCACUAGAGAAACCCGGUGGGGACAGUGCAAAUAUAUAUCAAUCGUCUGGCCUAACUUUUGCUCUGAGCGAUUGUCUGACUGACGGCGAUUUAUUUUUAGUUCCUCUCGAUAACGUAACGGAACUCACAGAAGAAGAAUCCCAAAACGCCGAAUCGUUCGAUGCCAUUGAAUCCGGGGAUAUCCCAAGGGAGGAGCAUCAUCGGAAAUCCACCUCAGAUGCUGUAAGUCCUUUUCGUUGUCUGAUUUAA